GUAUUUUUAGUCUAGGCCAAGCUGUGUGAAAUAAUAGCGAAAUCAUAAGCUUGAUUGUUAUAGCACUACCUUGAUGUCAGUAACUAAUUUGCAAACAAUUUGUCAAUUUUGGUGACUUUUGGUCGGUCUUUGCUUUUGUUUUUACUUUUAGCAGACAAAAAAAUAAGGAGAAGAACAAGAAAGAAAGAAUAAUGAGAUCAAAAACAAAUUGGGUUCCUCUGGUAACCAACCACAGCUCAUAAUGGCCUCAAUCAUAGGCAGUUUUGGCCAAAUGAAUGCAAAGUUGCAUUCAAUCUAACAGUGCCACAAACUCCAGCUUUUAAAAUCCUCAUUGGACCAAACCUCGUCCGGCAUAUUCUCAACAAAAGCUUUUUAAGUGUCAUAAAAGUUGUUUAUUGCAAGGUCUGAUGUUAGACAGCAAUAAAUUAUACAGAUCACAUUAUCAUGUUUACUGUUUCCACACAAGCCUCCUGAUGUCUUUCAGAAUGCAAACCAUUGUUUAUAAAUGCAGUUACAUGGUGCCUUCAGUAGCUUUUAAUAAUCACAUGUUAGUUGGUGGUGACUGGUUGUUCUUUAACUUUACAGUCAAACAUUUAUUGUUACAAACGGAGACAUUCACUGUCUCCAGUCUUCGACCGGACCCUGGGAAGGUAAGAACAACCCAAUUGUGUCUUUUUUUCAGUGGAAGAAGAUUAAGAGUACAGAUUUUCCUGCCCAGUAAAACAAAACAAAUUGUUUUAUGGUCACUUUUAACUUGUGUGCUAAUUUUGGCCAAACUUAAUUCCAUCAAAGCGACAGGGAAUGACCAUCGGCUGUAAUUGUUUAAAUGUUUUUUUUUUUUUUUUUUAUCACACUUUAUCCUCUUUUAUUGUUUCCACACUUGGCAUGUGCAACAUGUUGACGUAAAGUUCUUAUAAAACGUCUUACCUCCCACACAGAUAUUUUAAUGUUUUAUGGCUUUAAACUUUAUAUCCACCUUGAUUGAAUGUUGUAAAGAUUUAUGAUUUUUUUACACUUAAAAACCAAAAAGACUGCACUAAUCUCUUCAAACAGAUCUAAAUUAAAUGCAAAUAUAAAAUACAAAAUCAGGAUAUGUGGGUAUGUCUAGAUUGUUUCAGUUUUGCACAUUUGGACACUGUCAAUUUGAUUUCUUCUUCACAUAACAUAACUGAGUAAAUUUGACCAUAACUUCUCUAUUGAAGUCUGGACUAGCCUGUUCCAGGACAUUAUCAUUAUUUUUUUCAGUAAGACAAGUGCUUUUUUUAGAUCAAUUCUUGCCAGAUAUUUGGAUUAAAGAAACAAUGCAAAUGAGCAGAGACUGAUGAAUGACCUUCAACACUUGCUACUGUAUGUAGUGUCCCUCACCUCAGCCACUGAACCCUGUGACUCAGUCAGAGUCUCUGAUUGAUGUUUCUGUAUGAGGAACUUCAGUACUUUUCGUGUCAUAUUUAAAGCAGCUAAGGUGCUUUCAUUUCCUGCUGAGUUUCCAUGAGCAUCAGACUGCAGUUAGAAAACUUAUUUUGCUGCAGCAGGAUCUGUUGCCUGAGGCCUUGCUGGAGUCUGAGCUGAAGGAGGUCCGGCAUGAUUUUGUCAGAAUCUAUCCCUGUGGUACCAUGACAGACAAAGAAUAACUAUAUAGAAAUAGUCAAAAUUCACGCUGAUGGUCUUGUUUGCUUUUGUAGGUCAUAUAGAGGCAUCAGUAUCAAACUGAGCCUGUCUAUGACCAGUUAAAAACUCUUUGCAGCACAUUUAACUAAAUUUUCAAAUCUGGUUUUAGUUUAACAUUUAAGACUUUUUCUAUGAAAGAUGUCAGAAAGUCUUUAUUUCAACCCUGUGCAAUUUAAUGUUUAAAAAAGAUUGUGAUAAAGAGGACAGUAUAGGGAUUUUAUCUGCAAAUAAUACCCAGCACCUACAGGGUGUGCCCUGUCUUUUCAAGCAUCCUCCCUCCUUAUUGGCAUUGCAGGAUGAUGAUGCUGCAUAGCACAGCAGUCCAAUAAAGUUUAAAGAGGCCAAAGGGCAGUUUAAGUUGGAGCUAUUAUGCAAUGACAUUUCACAUUUCAAAAUGAUUCUUGUUUUAUAUGGAUGCAGUUCUGAACACUGACCCCAUAAAAACAUUUAGUUUGGUUAAUUUUUAUUUUUUCCUGCUGAUUUUUCUCCUCCCCGUUGUAUUUGGCUGUAGCAGGGUAGGUAUAAAAAGAGACCAGAGCUGGUCACUGUCGCCAUCAUCUUCUUGGACAUCAGAGGAGAAGCUGUCUCGUGGAAUCUAAGAAUUACAAGCUCUAAGGACACUCUCAUCUAGUCAUCGCUUUUCAAAUCAGGAGCCAUUGUUUCCCCUCUCCCACUUAACUGUCCACGAUGACGACCACAGCCGUGCCGAUGGGCUGCGACCCUCUUGCUACAGUGUGUUCAGGCACAGACUGCCUUGUUCCUGCCAGUGACUUCAAUGCCAUGCUGAGCCUGGUGUUGAGCAUUGUGCUGACUGUAAUGCUUGCGAUGGUCAUGUUCUCCAUGGGCUGCACUGUGGAUGCCCAAAAACUGUGGGGCCACAUCAGGAGACCCUGGGGCAUCUUUAUCGGCUUCAUCUGCCAGUUUGGCAUUAUGCCUUUUACAGCCUUUGCCUUGUCUUUGGCCUUUAAUGUUCAGCCUGUACAGGCUGUUGUCAUCAUCAUUAUGGGCUGCUGCCCUGGAGGCUCCGGCUCCAACAUUAUCUGCUACUGGCUGGAUGGAGACAUGGACCUAAGUAUCAGUAUGACAGCCUGCUCCUCUAUCCUGGCCUUGGGGAUGAUGCCUCUCUGUCUGCUCAUUUACACCUCCACCUGGACUUCUGCCGACACCAUUGAGAUCCCAUAUGACAGUAUUGGAAUCACUCUAGUGGCCCUUCUUGUUCCAAUUGCUGUGGGAAUGUAUGUGAAACGCAGGUGGCCCCACGUGGCAAAAAAGAUCCUCAAGGUAGGGUCCAUUGUAGGCUUUCUUCUUAUUAUCACCAUAGCUGUGGUUGGAGGAGUUCUCUACCAGUCCUCCUGGACAAUUGCUCCCUCCCUGUGGAUCAUUGGAACCAUCUAUCCCUUCAUCGGUUUCGGCCUAGGGUUCUGCUUGGCCCGCUUUGCUGGUCAACCCUGGCACAGAUGUCGAACCAUCGCUUUGGAGACAGGUUUUCAGAACUCCCAGCUGUGCAGCACCAUCGUCCAGCUGUCCUUCAGCCCUGCUGAGCUGGAAAUCAUGUUUGCAUUCCCCCUCAUCUACAGCAUCUUCCAGCUUGUGGUGGCCGUGUCAUCGGUGGGAGCCUACCAGGCAUACAAAAAGUUUUGUGGUUUCACUGAGUCAGACAGUGAGGCUCCAGCCCUGGAAGAUGGUGGAGAUGAAUCAAAGAAGAAGGGACACGUUUUGGAAAAUAGUGCCUUCGAAUUUGAUGACAAUGGCAUCUGCGAGGAGAAGGGCAGUGUCAAAAAGAUCACCCAGCUUUGAGAGUACACAUCUGCAAAUCACUGACUUAAACUAACAUCAUGUGGCCACAGCCCUACUGAACACACACUGCACUCUGCAGGCUGGAGAUGUACACUACGUCUCCUGUUCUCAUCAACUUUUGCAAAAACAGGGGUGCCAAACUUCUUCCCCAACAUGGCCAUCAGUUGGUCAGUCCCAAAAUUAAAGGGGGUACAGUAAGUCACACUGUUGAAUUGUAAUAUGAAUUGUGUUGUUUUAUAUGAGGCCCUUCUUUCCCUUAAUUUAUUCAUAUUUUAUAAUUGUACCACUUUACUCUGUACAUUCUGUCAGCAAACCUGUUUGUUGAGUAUUUAAUGCUGUUUAUGUAGAUAAUGGGGACAUUACAGGUGAAUAGGAUACUUUUUUACCUUAUAGAUAUUAUCAUUAAGCUUCUCCAGUUGAUAACUUACAUAAAUACAUCUUUUUGUAUUACACGUUUAUAUAUGCAAAUGCGGCAUUAUUUUUAUUAAACAUGUCCUUAUUUACAUACAUUUCGAGUGAAAUCUGAACAUUGGAUGAAGCCAGGUUCAAAGUUCACUGUUUCAUGUUGUUGACAUAUAAGAGUCAAAGGGUUUUACAAUAGGGGAUUUUGAAUAUCACUCAAUAAAACAAAAAGAGUCUGAGAAAGAAACUUGGCCUUUAAGGGGAUAUAUUGUACUUAUUUUCAGGUUUAUACCGAAAUGAAAUUAAAACAUAUUUUUCUUCUCAAAAAGACGUGAAAAUCUCACUUGCAAAUGAGGUUUAAUAUAAUACUAACUAUGUGAAUUUAGAAGAAAUUUACAGACCAAAAGUUAAAAAAAAAGGUUGUUUUUUUCUGAUGUAGCAGAUGAAAUGAAAAAAUACAAAUUUAUAUGCCUCAUAGAAGGCUAGGAGGCUGAUUCUUGACAUUCUAAAAUAUGUAAACUUGUGGUUUUGCAUAUUUAUCCAAACUGAAGAAACUAGGAUAUACAGUGUUUAUGAAGCAUAUUCAAUCUUUUGCUAAUUUAUUCAUCCUCUAUAUUGUGCAAAUGUGACAAACACAGAAUUCACUUUCAGCCUACUGAAAGCUUUCAUUUUCUUGAUUUUUCAUGGUAAUAAAUUAUUUUACAAAACUCUUGUACCACCAUGAUUAAGAAAUGUGCAUUUCUGAAAUUAAGAGUUGUAAAUCAAAACAUCUUGUACAUUUUUAUUAUAUUUUUAUUUUAUUGCAUUCGUUUGUUAUCCUUAUCUGCUUAUGCACACUUGGGUCGUGGACAGGUCUCCAGACUAUCACAGGACUGACAUAUAGAGACAGACAAUCACGCUCUCACACCUAUGGACAAUUUAGAGUCACCAAUUAAACCUAAGUGCCUGUUUUUGGACUGUGGGAGGAAGCCAGAGUACCCGGUGAGAACCCACGCUGACAUGGGGAGAACAUCUAAACUCCACACAGAAGAGCUGCAGGCCGGAGUCAAACCGGCGAACCUCUUGCUGUGAGGUGAGAGUGCUAACCACUACACCAUUGUGUAGCCCCUAUUUUGUUGUAAUUAUUAUUUUGAUGAGUAUGGGUAUUCACCUCAAU